UCGACGGCGACGACUUCUUCGAGCCAUUCAUCGCUAUUCCCCCUCCCUCCUCCCGCCUCCCGCCAGGACCAGGAGCCGGAUCCACCACCCCAUGGACCCCGCAAGGGAGCCACUUGCCGGAGGCGGUGGCCUCCAACGCCGCGCCGCGGCCGCCGCGAGGAGCGGAGGGGGGCCACAGGAGCCGCCUCCACGCGGGCAGCGCGCCACCAUCCACGCCGACGUCGACCCGCCGCCGCGGCCGUGGCCCUGGAUGCAGAAGCUGGCCAUCGUCGCCAUCGUCGUGCUCGGGUGCCUCCAGUUCCUCCCGGCCACGCACUUCCGGGACCCCAACGACCCCCAGCGCAACUGGAUCCCCAUUGACGGCUCGGGGAAUCCAACGGGUUCUCUAAACUAUGUUGGAAGUGUAGAUGUCUUCUCUUGGAUAAGCUGUCUGGAUCUUCGCACUCUUGCUGUGAUGACAAAUUCCACUCUUUCCAGCUCAAGUGAUCCACAAAAUAUAUCUUUCCAUUUCUUAAUACCUGAAGGCGGCAACGAUAAAUCGUCCUACCACAAGCUAAAAGCCUUGCUACCUGAUUCAGAUCUCACUGUUACUAGUCAGAAGCAAAUCAAGGACAAGCUAAAUGUUGCCACUCCAGAAGGAAACUUUCUUUGGUUAUUCCACAUGGAAUUGUCACCCUUUCUUAUUGCAAAAUCUCAGUUGUCCAAAAAGAGAUAUGUUUAUAUCGCUGCAGACUCCAUCAUAAAGGGUAAAGUAGAAGAUCUUGGUCGCAUGGAUUUAGGCAGUUAUGCCAUCGGUGCUGUCUUAGAUUGCAGCAAGCGUCUCAAUGAUUAUAUCAGUAUGGAUGUUCUUAGUGCCAUACAAAGAGCUGGAGCUGCACAAAGUUGGGUGUCUAAAGAACCUUAUAACAAGGAUGCAUGCCUACUUGAUUUUGAUGUGCUUUUGAUAGAGCCUCGCAAGCUGGAUAAAAACCUGGUUGCUUCCAUCAUGUGGUGGAUUAAUGCCAUUAAUUUAGCCAAUCAAAGGGACCAGAUUAGGUUGGCUGUAACUCUGGCCUUCAAUGAUAAGUAUAUGAAGCUCCCUUCAAACUGGAAGCGCAAAGAUGGUGACACUGAUAUCCUCAACUUUGAUGGACCCAAGAUUGUUUGUUCUGAAGAUGGACGUCAGCAUGAGCAAUCAGGCUACGGUGCAACCUGGCAGCAAUACCUAAACCAGAAAUCUGAAGCCAUACUGAACAUCUAAAUAACGGCAGUUCAGUGCACACAAUUUUUCCGUUGUCAUCAAGUGGAAGCUGACUUGGGACAUUGAUAUUAACCUGUAAACCCUACAUAGAAUGCAUAUUGUACUCCAAUUACUCCAUUUCCGCAUAACAUUCAGGAUACUAGAGGAAAUUGUUUUUGCAGCUGACGCCGAAAACUUUUCCUCAGGGCAUGUUUAGUUCGUCAACUAUUUUGGAAUGAUGAAAUGUAAAAUACAAAAAAUUUUAGAGUUAUGUUUAAUUCCAUCCAAAAUACAUAAUUUAUUGCCCUCA